AUGAUUAUUGAUGAACUUGAUGCUAAACUUGAUUUAACAUCACAAACAUUAAUAUCAAUAUUAAUAAAUAAAGUUUCUACAUACCAUGAUAUAUUUGGUAUAAAUUCUUCUAUUGCAAAAGUUUUUUAUGAACAUAUAAAAAAACAAGAUGAAGCACGAAAAUUCUUAAAUGUUGAAAUACCAAUAACAGCUAUUCAAAUUGGACAAACAUUUGAUGGUAAAGAAUUAACUAAACAUAUUAUUACACGUGCACGUGCACAAUUUGUUGAUGAAAGAUUAAUGAAAUCUAUGGAUGUUAUGUUAGCUGGAAUAAAUACAAAUGAUAAACAAAUUAAAUUACAUUUAAUACGUUCAUUAACAACAAGUUCAUUUAAUUGUCUUAUUUCAUUAGUUAUUUGUACACAAAUAGAAGCUAAACUUUAUAAAGCUUUUAUUUUUGAUGCUAAUCCAGCUAAGGAUGAAUAUGUUUUUGAAAAUAUAAUUGAUCCAGAUUAUAAAUAUAAAUUUCCUCUUGAACUUGAACGUUAUUAUGCAAAAGAUAAACGUAAAUUAUUAAAUAUAUUAUGUAAAAAAAUUUUAACAACAUCUGAAUCAGAUAAUUCAUUACAUCAACAACAACGUCUAUCAAGUACACCACAUUAUUUAUCUUCACAAUAUUUAUUUGGUAGUAGUUUAACAGAUGAAUUAGCUGUUUUUGAUUUUACAUCAGCUGCUGUUAAUCAACAACAAAAUGAUUUAAAUAAAAGUUUAACAAAUUCUUUAUCAGAUAAUUCAUCAACUAAUUUAAUUAAUCAAAAAAAACUUGAUGAUAAUGAUAGACCAGCAUUAAUCGAAGGUUCAGAUGAUGAAAUUGGUUCUGAAUUUAUUGAUAUGGAAAUGGAUGAACUUAAUUUACAUCCAUGUAUGAUACCAAUGGUUUGUUUAUUAAAACAUAUGGAAACAAAUGGAAUUAUACCAAUAAAUGAUCAUAUAUCUGAUAUGUCAUCAUGGAUGAUAUGUAUGUAUAAAAAAUUUAGUAAUCCACUUAUAUCAUUUAAUAUAAAAUUAUUUCUUAUGCGUCUUAUUAUAGAUACACAUACAAUAUUUAAACCAUAUGCACGUUAUUGGUUAACAUCAAUAAUUCAUAUGUGUAAUCAAAUGUUUGAAAAUUCUUCAGAAGGUUUAAAUACAUUUAUAAUUGAUACAAUUGUUAUAUUAUUAUCAUGGCAUAAACAAGCUAUACCAAGUGAACUUGAUUCAAUAGCUAUACAACGUUUUAUUGAAUAUUUAUUUUCAAAUUGUUCACAUCGUAAUGUUAUUGUUAUGAAAUCAAAUUUAGAUUUAAUUAAAAAAUUAAUUGAAUGUUGGAAAGAACGUAUACAUGCACCAACAUUAAUUCUCUAUAAAUUAAUAUCUGAACCAGAUUUAAAAUCAAAACAAAAUGCAUUUAGUCUUUCAUUAAUUGAAAUAUUAUUAGCUAAUGAUAUUUUACCAUAUUAUGUACCACCAACACCAACAGGAAAUCUUCCAUCUGUAACAACAAAUUCAAUAUUAACAACUAUAACAAAUGAUUUAACUGAAGAUAAAUUUAAUGAGACAAUAUUUAAAAAUAUGAAAAAUACUUAUAGAAAUAUAUAUGCAGCAGCAGAUGAAGUUAUUGGAAUGUUAUUAAAUAUUAAAAAACUUAAACAUGAAACAAAUCAACGUUUAUUAGAAGAAUUAAAUUUAAUAUUAAAAUGGCAUAAUAGUCAACGUUUAUCAGAUACAUAUGUAACAUGUAUUUAUUCAAUACAAAAACAUUAUCCAUUAAUUUUUGAUAAAACUGUUAUGAAUAAAUUAAUAUUUGGUUUAAAAAAAAUGUAUGGUGAUAUUAAAAUUGAAUGUUUAGAAUCAUUAAUUGCUAAUAUAACUGAAUUUGAUUCGGCAUAUUUAGAAUUACGUGCAAGAGGAAUAUUAGAUAUUCUUAUUCAUAAAGAUUUUGGUAUUCGUGGUAUUGCUUUACAUUUAUUAUAUAAACUUUUAGCUAAAUUAACACAUGAACAAUUAUAUGAAAUCGCACAAAUAUUAUAUGUUGAUGGUCCAAAUGAAUGGCAAAUUUGGACACUUGAAAUUUAUAAAUGUAUCUAUGAUUAUAUAACAAAUUAUUUAACAAAAGAAAUAAAAACAUCUAUAAGAUCAUUAUCAGAAAUGUUUUAUCAUCAUGUUGGUGAACAAUUACUAGAAUUAUUAUCAAGUAAAAAUGAAUAUAUACGUGUUAAUUGUCGAAAUUUUUGGGUGUGA